AUGCAAAAGAAAGUGGUGUUCUUCCGGGGGAAACCCCAUGUUGUGUUACACAAGGGACCACUUGAAUUUCUCCUCCAGGAGCCGUCCAAAGAAGCCAAACACAUUAAGGGCAACCCCACUCUGCAGGACAAGACUGCAUCCAUGAGGGAGGACCUUGUGCGGGAGAAAGCUCUGGCUGUGGUCCGUCAGAGAGGAGGGGAUGCGUCAGACAGGAACGAGGUGCUGGGACAAUACAUCCUGCAGUUUGGGAAAUAUAAGGGCAAGUCUUUUCAGUGGCUUUUGGAGAAUGAUGUAGGGUACACUAUGUACCUCAUCAAGAACCUCCAGAAGGAAGAGGCUUUAGGGCUUUCUGUGACUGAGGGGCAUAGCAAGGACAGCCUACAGUCAUUUGUCCAUUAUGCUCUCAGUUUUAAAGAGAUCCAGUCUGUUCUUCGCUAUGAGGCCAGUGGAGUGGCAGUCACUGCGGUCUCAUCAGAAGAUGACCAGCUGGUUGGCUUUGGAUCUCGAGCUAAGAGCACCUGGAAGGAGAUUUGGGAAAGCAGAGCUGAUGGAUACUCAGACUUUGUCCUUAGGAAGAGCUGUGUUGUAGGUACACGUAUGUACAAACUUCAGCAGUACCUGAGGAAGAGGCAGCAAUCGGCUUCUGUUGACCACGCCACAGGGACACCUGCUGAACCCCUGGUGAUGGAGGAGGAUGAAGAGCUGGAGAAGGCAAUGUUGAGCAUUUUCCCCUCUAAGCUACAAAUGGAGAGCUGUAAGCACACAGCUACUACACUGAGACAAUGUCAGAGUUCAUGA